AUGAGGCUGGGGGAUGUAGCUGGAGGUGAUGAUUUGGGGGAAACAACGGGAGCUGGUGAAGCUGGUUUGGGAGGGGCGGAUACCGGGGAUGAGACUAGAGCUAUUGCAGCUGGAGUAGCGCGCAAUGUUGUUAAAGCCAAAGUGAAGUGCAGAGAAACGCAAGAGAUUGCAGAGAAAGAUUUCUUGAUAGUCACCAUCUUUCUCCCCUCUAAUGUCAAGUUUCACAUAACCGAGGCAUCUCUCACAAGCAACAACACCUUGGAUUACAAAUUAGAAGCCAACAUCAUACUAAGAAAUUCCAAGAAGAAUGCAGAAAAAUGGCAUUUGAAGAUCGUCACAAAUGCAUGGUACAAAGAUAUUGACUCUACUGAAGUAAAUCUGUCAUAUGUUGAAGGAAAGGGUGUGAUCAAACUCAAAAUUAAACCACUUUACAAGUAUAAAUAA